GGCCGGGAGUUGCAAAGGGAGUAAGGAAGUAGCUUCCAGUCCUUUUGUUACUUAGGUGUGGAAAGUUGGGGUUUUCCUUUUAAUUUAGUUCUAGGAAGUCAGCAUGAAUUGGCCUUAGGUUCCCUGCCCCCAGACCCUAUUCUCCUGUCUCCCUUUUGCCUGAAGAUAACUCUCCAAGUGCCUCCAUCAUCCGAUGUAGUACCUUGAUUACUUCCAUUGAAAGCGAUUUGCUCAAAAAUAAGCCAUUAGGCCCAGUGGCAAUCAUUCAUUCAUUGUUUUCCCCCAAGAUUCUUAUUGGUCACUUACUAUGUGCUGAGCAUGAUUCUCAGAGAUGGGGAUGCAAAGGUGAACAAAAUUGCACUGGUCUCUCUUAUGGAGCUUACAUUCCAAUGGAGUAGAUGGAAAGGAAACAACUAAAUCCAGGAAAAUAUACUUUCAGGUAGAGUGCAGUACUAUGAAGAAAAAUAGAAUAGGAUAGAGGAUUAAAAGGUGGGGUAGUGGAGGCAGGGUAUCUUAGGAUGGUCAGGGAAGUCCCUCUAAGAAGGUGAAUGAGAACAGAAACCUGAAUUAAGCAAGGGUGAGCCACCUAGAGAUGUGGAAGAGCAAUACAGGCCAGGAGGUUCCACAAGGACAUAGGUGGGAGCAAUCUUGGUUUAAGGGCCAACAAGGACAUAAAUGUGAUUAGAAUGAGCAAAGGGAGUGUGGCUGAAGAGGCUGGCAGCUAGGCAGUGGGCAAUCUUGCAGCAAGGAGUGGGGAUUCUAUGCAAGGACAGUAGGGAGCCAUGGGAUGGGGACACCUAGAGGUCCCAUUCAUGAAUCCAGGGCAUUCAUUUCCCCUUUCUGAAGGAACGGAAGAUUCUACCACCAUUUCUACAAGAUUCUACAGCCAGGCUUGGUGGCUCACACUUAUAAUCCCACCACUUUGAGAAACUGAGGCAGGCAGAUCACUUGAGGUCAGGAGUUCAAGACCAGCCUGGCCAAUAUGGCAAAACCCUGUCUCUACCAAAAAUACAAAAACUUAGCCGGGCAUGGUGGCGCAUGCCUGUAAUCCUAGCUACUCGGGAGACUAAGGCAGGAGACUCGCUUGAACCCAGGAGGCGGAGGUUGCAGAGAGCUGAGAUCCUGCCACUGCACUACAGCCUGGGCAACACAGUGAGGCUGUCUCCAAAAAAAAAGAUCCUACACACCAGCUAGUAGUUCCUGGAUGUCCAAGGGCAAAGGUCAUUGUAAUAAAUCAAGGAGUAAAAAGUUUUUUAAGUCGUGACCUCAUUCUCAAUGGAAUUACCUGUUGAGGAAAUAAUAAGAUAUUUGAUUUCAUAAAGCACUCUCAGGAGACCUUCCACGGCGACCGUGCUGAAGCUACCACCGAAGAGUCCCCAUAAUGCAUGACACCCCCUCUUCCUAACCCCCCUCCACACAAACAUACAUUCAGAAAAGGACUGGACAGGGAGAAACUCCUUUACACAUGGGUGCUGGAGUUUAGAAUUGACACCCUCACCAUUAAUAUUUCCUAAUUCCUCAUACAAUGGAAUUUUUAGAAUAGAUUUUAUAAUAAAUCUAAAUAAUUACUUAUAAUAAAAUGUAGACCGAACAGACAGAAACACAAGGCUGUGGCUUUUAUUUUAUGGUUUGAAAAGUUCUAUGAGACAACAUUAAUUAGUAACAUUCCUCAAUGGACUGCAAUGUAGUUUAUUAUAAAUGGUAAUUUAGAGAUAAUGGUAUGAACGUGUUAAGUUCCAAGCAACCCAUCUAAAAGUGAAAGUGGAACUCAAUAUUGAUGGACAUUCUCCUCGAAGCCCUGAGUACAGCUUAUAUUUCACCCUAAAUUAUCUUUUUUAGCCUUUCAUAUUGAGACCAUUUAAGCAGCAUUUUAAAAUAGAUUACUAAAAGGGAAAGCAGACGAUAAAAUAUAUAAAGCAAGCAUUUUAGGCAAGAAUCCAGAUUAUGUAAUUCUAUAUGAUCAGAGAGAUAAUCACCUGGUUUCUGAGAGGACUCAUGCCUUCAGAUAAAAUAACAAUGGAUUACAUCUCUUCCUUCCCACCCCACCCUCUUUGGCAUGCUUUAAUUAGAAAGAUACUAGUGUAGAUUAAAGUCUUAGCCAUACUCAAUUCUUCCCUUGACCUGAAGAAAACCACAGCCAUAGAGAAUCUGGUGGGAUACAAAACAUUGUCAGUUUCAUCCAAGUACACCAGUGAGCUUAAAUAGAGCACCCAGGAGGUGCACUCUUUAUGCAAGAGAAAAAAGGUGACCCCUUACAUAUUGAUGAUUUGACUCACAUAAUGGUCUUACCUUCUGGAUCAGAGCCUUGAAGUGUCAAGCACAUCAUUUCCAUAUAGACAAGUAAUAUUUCCGUGCAGGAGAAGGCUAAGAUAAUCUUCCAGAUGUAAACCAAGGACCUGCUGUCUGGGGCUUUGCAUUUGUCAGUUGUGUAUUUAUGUGCGGGACACAGUAACUAUUGAAGCAAACCGAAUUCAAGCAAACUAAAAAGCAAAUCCUUGCAUAGUACUUAAAGUCCAAUGAGAUAAAAUGAUGGAUCGAAAGGAUUAUUUUUGCUUAAUGAAGCAUUCUGGGUUUUGAGUCUCAUUGGACUCAGUUUUUCAACAGGAUGUUUUGCUCAAGGGCUGGAAUUUGGAAAUUCCACAACAGCUAUAUAAUCAGUCAGCUCUGAUUAAUUUAAUUGAAACAGGACUCUUGAUGAAGCCCUGCUGUGCUUAUAAUUAAAAAUUUAGAAAGGGGUAGGGAAAGGGGUAGAUGAUGUGGGGAUUUCUUUUUCCUGUGAAAUUAGCUGAGUGUAUUAAUUCAGAAGGUAGGCAGUUGCCUCUGAUUGUAUGCUUCGGUAAUCUGAACCAUCUGCCUCUAUAUACUAAGGAGUUCACCACUUUAAUCCAGCUUACGGCCGACAAACCACUCUUCUCUAUCAGUAUGCCCUUGAAUAGAUGAGGCUGUGCAAAGUCCUUUGCUCUUAAAUGUAUUGCUGUCAUUGAGAAUAUUUGGAGGUUUUCUCUUGGGUUUGUUUGGAUUUUUUUUUUCAACUUUUGUCUGAAUUUUGGUUUUAUUUUUCUGGGGCAGAGAAAAUGGCUUUCCUUAUGAAAAGUAUGAUAAGUAACCAGGUAAAGAAUUUAGGAUUUGGUGGUGGGUCUGAAGAAAAUAAAGAAGAAGGAGGUGCAUCUGAUCCUGCAGCAGCUCAAGGGAUGACUAGAGAGGAGUAUGAGGAGUAUCAAAAGCAAAUGAUUGAGGAGAAGAUGGAAAGAGAUGCUGCAUUUACACAGAAAAAGGCAGAAAGGGCAUGCCUCAGAGUUCAUCUUAGAGAAAAAUACAGGCUCCCAAAGAGUGAAAUGGAUGAGAAUCAAAUCCAGAUGGCUGGAGAUGAUGUGGAUUUACCUGAAGAUCUCCGGAAAAUGGUAGAUGAAGAUCAAGAAGAGGAAGAAGAUAAAGAUUCUAUUCUUGGGCAGAUACAGAAUCUCCAGAACAUGGACUUGGAUACCAUAAAAGAAAAAGCCCAGGCCACCUUCACUGAAAUCAAGCAGACAGCGGAGCAGAAGUGUUCCGUGAUGUGAGGGGUGGGAGGGGUGGAGGGAGGGAACCAGCCAUCCUUGGAAAAGACCACUCACUUGUGGGACGUUUCAAGCAGUACAUGUUUUAAUGUAGUGAACACAGUUAGGAAAACCACGAUGAUCCAUUGACAGACAAUAAUUUGGUUGUUCUAAAUAUUCCUGGCAGAGCAUUUAGCUAACACCUUGCAGCAGGGACCUUACUUUCCUUUUAGUUAUAAAUGAGAUAAACUGGAAAAUUUCAGUAGUAAAUGAUGAUGCAGAACACAUAUCUGCUUAAAGACCUUGAGAUGAGCCAGGAAGAAACAAAAGCAAGGGGCAUUUCCUCUCCAACUUUCUUCCUUGGAGGCCAAGUUCUCACCCUGUCCAACUAUUCGCUGGACACCAGGUCCCUUCAGAGAGAAAUGUGGAGAGUCAAGGUGUCCACUGGGAGCCGGGUUUCCCACAGGGAGCUGAGUCUACAGACUCCAGGGCAAUCAAAGGUCACCACCCCCACCCCUCACCUCCAGGAUCCUUGAAUUUGUCAAUGAUACUCAUCAAGUUUGGUCCUUGGAUGCUUCUCAGCCAAGUGGCGGUAGCACGGAUGUGGUGAACAAUGACGAAUUGAGGCAGGGAAUAGACCUCACUAGCCCUUUGCAAUGGAGAUCAUCAUUCUAGUGGCCAUGUGAAGAAUGGAACCAAGGGAGGCACAAUUAGAGGCAGAGGGAAACCAGGCAGACGGCUGCUCUUUUUGAGUUGAGCUUAACUCUCCUUGUCUGAACUUGGUGAUAGCAAUGGGAACAAAGUGGGUAGACUAACAGAGAGCGUUAAGAAGUUAAAUCAAUCUCUCUCUGUCUCCUCCCAACCUCUCUCUCUCUCUCAUCCCCUUCUCUCCCUAUCUCUCUUUUUUUUUCUUCUCCUGUCCCUUCCCAUCCCACCCCUUUAGACUACCUUCCAGUAAAUCACACUGUCAUUUGGUGCCACAAGCUUUCAGGGUAGACACUGAUUUCCCCCCCCAAUAUCUGCUCUCUUUCAAAAGGAAUAAUUCAAAAGACUUAGGACAAUUACCACUGAAACACUUCGAGCUAUUUAGCUAAAGCCCACCAAACCAAAACAAAAUACUGAUUUUUUUUUUUUUUUUGGUGACUCUGUUCAUACAGUGAAUAAAGAUCUAUCAAAGGAAAAGGAAACUGAGACCGAAAACUUAGGGUCUAAGUUGUUCUAAACCCAGAGUUCUCAAAUGUGUUGUACAAGAAGUUUCAUGUAAUAAAAAUAAGCAAAUAAAACAAAUGAAUAGAGGUCCAAAACCUAUGGUCCUUGGCAAAGUUUAAUCUGUCUUGGAAAUUCCUGGGAGAACAUUGGUGCAAUGAUUGAGGCUGAUUAGCCUUCUAGUCCACAAACCCAGAUGCCAUGGGCACAUUUUAAAACCAUGCUUGUCUUUUAUCAGAAAUGGCAUGUGAGUUGUGAUUUGUUUUA